AACAGCUCUGUUUCCAUCUGCUGGGUCAGGAGUUGCUAUAGGAACUGCGAUGAUAGAGGCAGGGCCAUCUCCUGGGCCUGUCUGUGUGUGCGCAGGCAGGGAGGAGGGAGGAGUCACUCAAGUUUGAACAUAUCAUGUGUGUGCUGGUGGAAAGUUGCAAGGAAUGUCGAAACUACAGCCUGGCUCAACCUGUGGAGUUCCACAGAGACACAGCAGCUGUUCCCUGUGCUCAGCAGAGGCAGAGAUGUAGAUGGCAGCUGCUGCCUUUGAAGGACUCGUCUGACCCUGUGCAGCACCUCCAGUUGCUACCAUGAUCUUCUGCAUGCUGCUGCUGGCCUCCCUGCCUGAGCCCUCUGGCACCGAAGUCAACCCUGCAAUCUGUCGUUACCCCCUGGGGAUGCACGAGGGGACCAUCCGGGAUGAGGACAUCACUGCUUCCAGCCAGUGGUACGACUCCACAGGGCCCCAGUAUGCACGGUUACAGAGGGAAGAGGGGGAUGGAGCCUGGUGCCCAGCUGGUUUGCUGGAGCCUGAAGAUGUGCAGUUCCUGCAGAUUGACCUGCACAAGCUGUUCUUCAUCACCCUGGUGGGCACCCAGGGCCGGCACGCCCGCGCCACGGGCAAGGAGUUUGCCCGCGCCUACCGCAUCGACUACAGCCGGAACGGGGAGCGCUGGGUCUCCUGGAGGGACCGCCAGGGCACCAGGGUGAUCGAGGGCAACACCGACACGUACGACGUGGUGCUGAGGGACCUGCGGCCGCCCAUCAUCGCGCGCUUCGUGCGGCUGAUCCCCGUCACCAGGGCCGCCAUGACCGUCUGCAUGAGGGUGGAGCUCUACGGCUGCGUCUGGCACGAUGGUUUGGCAUCCUACAGCAUCCCUGAAGGAGGGACAAUAGCAGCUCCUGGCUUCCCCAUCGUUUAUCUGAAUGACUCCACCUAUGAUGGCUACCACGAACGCAGGCACCUGUAUGGAGGGCUGGGCCAGCUCACAGAUGGAGUGCUGGGGCUGGAUGACUUCACCCAGAGCCACCAGUACCGCGUGUGGCCGGGCUACGACUACGUAGGCUGGAGGAACGAGAGCUUCAGCACGGGCGCCGUGGAGAUGGAGUUCCAGUUCGACCGCCCACGGAACUUCACCUCCAUGAAGGUGCACUGUAACAACAUGUUUUCCAAGGGGGUGAAGAUCUUCCAGAGGGUGGAGUGUCUGUUCAAGCCGCGCCUGAUCGCGGACUGGGAGGCCGAGCCCGUGGGGGUGGCCACGGUGCUGGAUGACAAAAACCCCAGCGCCAGGUUCGUGACCGUGCCCCUGCAGCAGCGCGUGGGCAAGGCCAUCCUGUGCCGCUUCUACUUCGCCGACACCUGGAUGAUGAUGAGCGAGAUCUCCUUCCAGUCAGACAUGGAGAGUGUGAAUCCCAGUUUUGUUACGGUCGCCACCAGCACCACGGGUCUCCUGGAAACAGAGCACAACGUUACUGAGGGCACCUGGGGAACCACAUCUUCUGUAACCAGCACCUGGAUAGGGGAGAAGGCAGAUGACUCCAACACCUCCAUCCUCGUGGGCUGCCUUGUGGCUAUUAUUCUGCUGCUCCUGAUGAUUAUAAUCAUCAUUCUUUGGAAGCAAUAUGUUCAAAAAAGGUUGGAAAAGGCCCCACGUCGAAUCCUGGAGGAGGAUGCCACUGUUCGCCUGUCCUUCUACAGCUACACCAUUGCCAACAACCAGACCCAGAUCCACCAGUCAAAUCCCACCUAUGAACGUGCUUUCCCACUGGAUUUGGAAUAUCACCAGCCAGCUACACUGCUCCAGAAGCUUCCAGAGCUCUCCCAGAGUGCAGAGGAUUCAGUGUGCAGCGGGGACUACGCUGAGCCCGACCUGACCAAGUCCACCCCUCACCAAGGCUUCCAGAACAACGUCCCCCACUACGCCGAGACGGACAUCGUGCACCUGCAGGGGGUGACGGGCAACAACAUGUACGCGGUGCCCGCGCUGACCGUGGACUCCCUGACCAAGAAGGACAUCUCCGUGGGGGAGUUCCCCCGGCAGCAGCUGCGCCUCAAGGAGAAGCUGGGGGAAGGACAGUUCGGAGAGGUGCACCUCUGUGAAGCUGAUGGCCUGCUGGAAUUCCUGGGAGUCUCCUCCUCAGAAUUCACUCACCAGCCAGUUCUUGUGGCAGUGAAAAUGCUGAGAUCAGAUGUCAACAAAACAGCCAGGAAUGAUUUCCUGAAGGAGAUCAAGAUCAUGUCCAGGCUGAAGAACCCCAACAUCAUCCGGCUGCUGGGCGUGUGCGUGCGGGACGACCCCCUGUGCAUGAUCACAGAGUACAUGGAGAAUGGAGACCUCAACCAGUUCCUGUCCCACAGGGAGAUCUACAGCAAGUUUGCCAUUUCAAACAACAUCCCCUGUGUCACCCACUCCAACCUGCUGUACAUGGCCACCCAGAUCGCCUCAGGGAUGAAGUACUUGGCAUCCCUGAACUUUGUGCACAGGGAUCUGGCCACUCGCAACUGCCUGGUGGGGAACAGCUACACCAUCAAGAUUGCAGACUUUGGCAUGAGCAGGAACCUCUACAGUGGGGAUUACUACAGGAUCCAGGGCAGAGCUGUGCUGCCCAUCCGUUGGAUGGCCUGGGAGAGCAUCCUGCUGGGCAAGUUCACCACCGCCAGCGACGUGUGGGCGUUCGGGGUGACGCUGUGGGAGAUGUUUGUGCUGUGCAAGGAGCAGCCCUACAGCCUGCUGACGGACGAGCAGGUCAUCGAGAACACGGGCGAGUUCUUCCGCAGCCAGGGCCGCCAGAUCUAUCUCUCCCAGACUCCUCUGUGUCCUAACCCUGUGUUCGACCUGAUGCUGAAAUGCUGGAGCAGGGAUAUCAAAGAUCGUCCCACUUUUGACAUGAUCCACCAGUUCCUGCUAGAACAAAUGGAGUCAAACAUUUGAGUCCAGGAAAGAGGCAAACUGUUGAGAGCAGAGUGACUUUGGGGUCUCUUUGCCUGUCCCUCACAGUCAGGCCACCUCUCUCCCCUCCCUGACUAUUGCAGUUGGGACGUCCAUGGCAGCUGCUCAUUCUCUUGGCCAUGGUCUGACACACAGGACCAGAGGAUCUCAUUUGGUUGGAAAAUCAUCUCCUCUUCUGAAUCAUUUCCUGGGAAUACUGUGAGAGGGGUUUUAUUGGAUACCCACACACCUUUGGGCAAAAGGAAUGAGUGGAGCUCGGAGGGGCUUGGAGCUCUCUGGUGGCUGAAGAGGAGGCUGGGUCGGUGAGAGCGCUGCCAGAGUCUGGAGGGAGAGACUGCAGCCCUCCGGAGCCAUUCCAUGGAAUCUGAUGGAAGUCUUGUGCACAUGAGCAAGUGUUUCUGUGUGCUCUUGCUACAGACAAUGGUGAGAGGCCAGAAACACCUGGAGCUGGGAAAUGGUUUAAUGGACUUGGGAAGUGACGGAGCAUUUAGGAACCUUUGGGAGUGACACUGCCAGGGGCCUCAGAAGAUGCUGAAACAAGAGUCCAAGAUGAUGUUCUGUUUUCCUGUGGUUGUUAAGCACUGC